AUGCUGUGCAUCGUGCCUUUCUUGGAGCGGAAAGCUCUGAAAGAUUAUGUUGUUCCCGGAUAUCCCAAAUAUGUUAUAUCAAAGGGCACUCAGGUGAUCAUACCUGCGGCUGCUUAUCACCGCGAUGAAGAUUUCUACCCUGACCCUAACACGUUCGAUCCCGAACGCUUCUCAGCCGAACAAGUUGCUAAACGAGACUCUGUUGAGUGUUUGCCUUUUGGCGAUGGUCCAAGGAACUGUGUGGGAAUGCGUUUUGGCCAAAUGCAGACUCGUAUUGGCCUGGCCCAGUUGAUAAAGAACUUCAAAUUCUCGGUGUGCGAAAAAACUGACCUUCCGCUUGUCUAUAAUCCAAUGUCAUUUGCCUUGGGCACCAUUGGAGGCAUCUUUGUGCAAGCCCAGCGGGUUUAAGGUGUAAAAGUAUACUAAAAAUAAUGGGUGCGACGUUGAAUGCUGUAAAUGUUUGAGUGAGAUGUUGUGUUUGACUUUAUUUAUUUUAUAUGGGAACAUGAAAAAUUAUUUUAAUAAGUGCUGAAAAUAAAAAUAGAGCUUAUGCUUUUUUAUAAAAUACUUGCCGGAAUAUCUUUUAGCUAUCUAAUUAUAUUAUGAAUAAUGUCAAACAAAUAAUUGACAACAUCAAACCUAAACGAAACACGCAUAUU